AUGGGUGUUAUUCUUCAUUUUAAUGCUAAGGAGUACGAAAAGAAUUGGCCACAAAUAUUGGCCAUUGUUAUAGGUGGUCUUGCUGGUUUAUCAAACGGACUCCUAUUCUCAUGGUCUUCGCCGUUUCUAAUCAAAAUAACACAAGACAAAGUCAACUACGAUAUUACAGAGGAAGAAGGAUCCUACUUCAACACUAUCCAACCAGUCUCCCUGAUGAUCGCCUGUCCCAUUUUCUCAAAACUAUCAGACGUUCUUGGCAGGAAGAGGACCUUACUCUUAAUUGUAAUCCCUCAAAUAGGAAGUUGGUUGUGUGCUGCUCUAGGGAGAUCUGUCUAUAUGUUCUACCUGUCAAGAAUUUUUUCUGGUAUAGCAGAUGGUUGCCUUUUUGCCACGCUACCAACUUACAUUGGAGAAGUAGCUAACCCAACAGUGAGAGGAAUAUGGGGAAACGCUGUGGCUAUAUCUCUAUUUUUGGGCGAGUUCUUGAUCAACGUAUUGGGAAGUUACUUGGGAGUUACAACAACUUCUUGGGUAUGUUUACCAAUAUCUGUUUUAUUCCUCGUCCUGUUUUGGUUCAUGCCAGAGUCGCCUUAUUAUUACAUAAUGAAAGGCAAGGAACAAGAAGCAAAGAAUUCUUUAAAGUUUCUAAAGAGGAUUAAAAAUGUUGAUGAGAUUUUUGAAAAUUGUAAAUAUGCUGUUGAGAGACAGUUGUCAGAAUCAGGCACUUGGAGUGAUCUUUUCAAGAUAGAAAGCAACAGAAAGGCUCUGUCUGCUGGAGUAUUUUUAAGACUUAGUCAACAAAUGGCUGGUGUGUCAGUGUUUCUGACGUACACUCAAUUUAUCUUCCAAAAAUCAGGUAACAACAUGAGUCACGAAGAAGCUUCGAUAGUUUUUAUGGGACUUGCAGUCAUAUUAAACUUAUUUGCAGUAAUUUUUGUAGUGAAGAGAUUCGGAAGGAUUUUCUGUUACACCAUAUCCAUGGUAACUACAAGUGGAGUCCUGUAUGCAAUGUCUGCCUAUUUCUAUAUAGAUGGAAACACAAAUAUUGAUCUAUCUUACGUAAAAUGGAUCCCUCUAGCCUGCAUGAUGUCCUACCUCUUAUUCGCAUCCAUCGGAAUCUCAGUUAUUCCCACACUAAUGCUUGGGGAGUUGUAUUCUGCUAGCAUCAAGUCCAAAGCCAUGACUAUAUUGAUAAUUAUUUAUGGUAUGGGAAACUUUUUAACAACCACCAUAUUCUAUCAGCUCAAUACACUUCUUGGAUUUUAUGCUCCAUUCCUUUUGUUUGCUGUAUCUAAUACCAUUUGUGCUAUUUUGUCUCGGUACAUUAUUCCUGAGACAAAGGGCAAGACUUUAGAAGAAAUUCAACUGAUUCUUAAAGGAAGUUUGAAAAAUUAA